UGAACAUAGCCGAGUUGCGCAAAUUAAGUACGUUCUUUCGUGGAUCGAAAUAAUAAUAACUAUAGUAUACUAACAAAUAUAGAAUAUAUUUUAUCUAUAUUCGUGGAGUAUACCUCGCUCUUGAUAUUGCGACGUUUAAUAGAGGAUUAAAAUUUAUUAAUUCAGAAUGGUUUGUGAAAAAUGUGAGAAAAAACUGGGAAAGGUAAUCACCCCAGAUCCAUGGAAAAGCGGUGCUAGGAAUACCGUGGAAAGCGGAGGACGUAAAGUUGGUGAAAAUAAGGCUCUUUCUGCAGGAAAAGCAAGAUUUAAUCCAUAUACUGCUAAGUUUGAGACUUGCAGAAUAUGUAGACAAAAAGUACAUCAAGUGGGAUCACAUUAUUGUCAAUCGUGUGCGUAUAAGAAAGCUAUCUGUGCAAUGUGUGGUAAAAAAUUAAUGAGUACAAAGAAUUAUAAACAGUCUGCUACUUAGAGAAUGAACAUUUAUUUCUGAAUACAUCUUAUAAUAUUUAUAAGACCUCAAUUAGUUAAUAUUAAGGACAAAUGCAUAAAGGAAUUUACCUUAUGUAAUUAAAAAGAAAACUAGUUUUUUUUUUAUUUAGUGAAAUAAAAGCUGUAAAUAUGUAAAAUGAUGAACAGUUUGUAUUAACAAGUUGAUUCCCAUGGUGAUCAUUGAUAAUCAAUGCUGCAAAUUUUAUAUCAUCAAAAAAUAAUUAGUAAAAAAGAAGAGAAGGCAAACUUUGAGUAACGUUAGUAUUCUACUAAUAAUGCAAGGUUCCAGUGUAAAAGCUUACAUUUUAUGAAAAUUAACCAAUCGUAUGUAUAUGUAUGGGUUUUUUACUGUGGCAGUCAACGUGUUAAAUAAUAUUUGAACUACUUGAAUAUAAUAACAAAGAUAAAAGUAUAAAGCUCAACUACAUUAUUAAAGGAUUAAAAUGCUUUAAAUUAAGAGUAUUAAUAAAAUAUAUUUACAACAUUUUACAUACAUACAUUAGGAAACAAAAUUUCAAAUACUUUCUCAUUUUAUAAAAAAAAAUGAAUUUAAGUACAAAAACCGAUCGUAAUACAUAUGUAUUGUAUUAAUUAUUAUAUUCAUUUCGAUUAGUAUAAAUGUACGUAUUUUUUUAUUAAAUUUUUAGUGUUAAUUAUUUAAAUUUUAUAAUGAUAUUUUAUAUUUAAUUACUUCCAUAAAAUCGUACACUCCAUUAUACAAUAAAAAUCAACAAUACAGAGCAGUAUGAAGUGGAUAGAAAUAAUAAUGUACAAAGAAAUAAAUUGAAAAGUUUAAUACAACAUUA